GAAACUGAGGCACAAACAGGGGACGUAACAAGGUCACCCAGCAGGCCAGUGGCAGAGACCGGAAUGAAACCCAGGUCUUCUGAGUCCCAGUCCAGUGCUCUAGCCUGGAUGAGGGGAGAUGACGCUGUACAUGGGUUGGGUUUGCUCCAGCCUUUGGCUGCUACCCAUCAGACAUGCUACCCAGCACUGCCCUCCUCCUGCAGAGGUAGGAGCACGCCAGGGAGCUCAGUGUCGCUCGGACCCACAAGGCGCUACAUCCAGCUCCCCUGGGCCAGUCAGACAAGCCAGGCACUGCGACACGGAGCCUGGCCUCGGGGGAGAAGAGAAAGGAGAGCCCAGACCAUACCUCGGGUCUGGGCACAACGGCUCAGCAGCCUUCGCUCCAAUUACCAGCGUUUAUUUUAGAGAUGCAGCCCAAAAUAAACAGAGCUGUGAGAUUGGGAGAGAAGGAGGAAGAGCUCUCCCUUGGAGGUGAAACGCAGCCGAGGAGAAUUUAGGCUGAACAUCAGGAAACCCUGCCUAGCUGUGAAAUCUACGGGGAUGUGGAAUAAACUCCCAGUAUAAGUGGUGGAGGAUCCUCUCGCAGCUGGACUGGACAGAGAGAGCAGCGGGAAGGGAACAAGCUUGCCUUGGGGGAAGGGGUUGGACUAGAUGGGAGUUCUAGAUUAUCCGUCUCUGGAUCUUAUGCUGCGUCUAACCCUGCUGCGACAGCUGGUGAGCGAAGGGAACAGUAUGCAGAACGGAUCUUGUGGGGAAGAGGCGUCUGAUGGGGAGCUGCUGGGGAGAGUGAUGCUGUGCUCUUAGCAGCGCCGUGCCCCUCAGGAUGUCGGGAAUCCCGGAGGCCCUGACCCGGCUGCGGGGGAGCUCACUCCGGAGUCUGGGUGGGACCCUGGACCCCACCAUGGUGUCCAUGCCCAUUGACCUGGAGAAGGAGGAAAUGCGGAUUCUCAAAGUGUGUUUUCACAGCAACAGCUUCAACAUGGGGAAGAACUUCAAGCUGGUGAAAUGCUCCGUCUUGACCGAGAUCCGGGAGGUCAUCCACUCCAUCCUGCUGAGCGGCAGGAUCGGGCCCGACAUCCAGCUGGCCGAGUGCUACGGCCUGCGGCUCAAGCAUGUGAAGUCCGAUGAGAUCCACUGGCUGCACCCGGACCUGACGGUGGGCGAGGUGCAGGACAAGUACGAGUGCCUGCACCUGGAGGCCGAGUGGAGGUACGACCUCCAAAUCCGCUACCUCCCUGAGGACUACAUGAAGUGCUUCCUAGAGGACAGGACCACCUUACUGUACUUCUACCAGCAGCUCCGGGCCAGUUACAUGCAGCACUAUGCCAGCAAGGUGAGCGAGGGCAUGGCCCUGCAGCUGGGCUGCCUGGAGCUCAGGAGGUUCUAUAAGGACAUGCCGCACAAUGCCCUGGAUAAGAAAUCCAACUUUGAGUUCCUGGAAAAGGAAGUAGGGCUGGACCUGUUCUUCCCCAAGCAGAUGCAGGAGAAUUUGAAGCCCAAGCAGUUCCGGAAGAUGAUCCAGCAGACGUUCCAGCAGUACGCCCUGCUGCGGGAGGAGGAGUGCAUCACCAAGUUCCUCCACACCCUCGCCUCUUUCGCCAACAUUGACCAGGAGAGCUACCGCUGCGAGCUGAUCCAAGGGUGGAACAUCACGGUGGAUCUGGUGAUCGGGCCCAAGGGCAUCCGGCAGAUGACAAGCAAGGAAGCAAAGCCCACCUGCCUGGCGGAGUUCAAGCAGAUCAAAUCCAUGAAGUGUUGCAGCGUGGAGGAGGGCAGAGCCGUGCUGCAGCUGACUCUCACCGGGACCCCCCAGUCCCUGGCUAUUAAAACCUCCUCCCUGGCCGAGGCGGAGAACAUGGCUGAUCUGAUAGACGGUUACUGCCGGCUGCAGGGGGGCCUGGAAAUCUCCCUCAUCGUCCGUCCCAAGAAAGAGAAUGAGAAGCGGGUGAGCCUGCCACAGAUCCCCACACAGGACAUAGACGAGAGAAGACCCAGGUUAACUGAGCGCAUCAGUGUGGAUUCGGAUAUUUAUGCUGAAAUCCCCGAUGAGGCCUCGAGACCCAAGUCUGGAGCCCAGCAGUACGGGGUCUCCCGAGAGGAUGUGACUCUGGGCAGGAUCCUGGGGGAAGGUUUCUUCGGGGAGGUAUACGAGGGCAUUUACACCAACCAGAAGGGGGUGCGGAUCAACGUGGCCGUGAAGACCUGCAAGAAGGACUGCACCCCCGAGAACAAGGAGAAGUUCAUGAGCGAAGCCGUGCUGAUGAAGAAGCUGGACCACCCCCACAUCGUGAAGCUCAUCGGCAUCACAGAAGAGGAGCCGACCUGGAUCAUCAUGGAGCUGUACCCCUACGGGGAGCUGGGCCACUACCUCGAGCAGAACAAGAACUCCCUCAGGGUGCCCACCCUCAUCCUAUACGCGCUGCAGAUCGGCAAAGCCCUGGCGUACCUGGAGGCCAUCAGCUGUGUGCACAGGGACAUUGCUGUGAGGAACAUCCUGGUGGCUUCUUCCGAGUGUGUGAAGCUGGGGGAUUUCGGUCUCUCCCGGUACAUAGAAGACGACGAGUAUUACAAAGCUUCCGUGACUCGUCUCCCCAUCAAGUGGAUGUCGCCAGAGUCUAUCAACUUCCGUCGCUUCACGUCCGCCAGUGACGUGUGGAUGUUUGCUGUGUGCAUGUGGGAGAUCCUGAGCUACGGCAAACAGCCCUUCUUCUGGCUGGAGAACAAAGACGUGAUUGCGGUGCUGGAGAAGGGAGAUCGCCUCCCCAAGCCUGACCUCUGCCCUCCCAUCCUCUACACCCUCAUGACGCGCUGCUGGGACUACGACCCCAGCGACAGGCCCAAGUUCAAGGAGCUGGUCUGCAGCUUGAGUGACAUAUAUCUGAUGGAGAAGGACAUCGCCAGGGAGCAAGAGAGGAACAAUCGCCACCGGCCUCCCAGAAUCAUGGAGCCAAUGACUUUCCAGGAGCCCCCUCCAAAGCCCAGCAGGCCGAAAUACAAGCCGUCUCCCCAGACCAACUUAUUAGCGCCCAAGCUGCAGUUCCAGGUGCCCGAGGGUCUGUGCGCCAGCUCGCCUACGCUCACUAGCCCCAUAGAGUGCCAGUCGCCCGCCAGCUCCCUGCACACCCCGCCCCUCAACCGGCACAGCGUCUUCAAGCGCCACAGCAUGAGGGAGGAGGACUUCCUCAGGCCCACUAGCAGGGAGGAAGCGCAGAAGCUGUGGGAGAUGGAGCGGGCCAAGAUGCGGCAAACGCUCGACAAGCAGCAUAAGCAGAUGGUGGAGGAUUAUCAGUGGCUGAAGCAAGAAGAGAAAUCCCUGGAUCCUAUGGUUUAUAUGAACAACAAUUCUCCUCCACUGCACUCGGAGAAGGAGACUGACUACACCGAGUUUACAGGCCCACCCCAGAAGCCUCCAAGGCUGGGAGCUCAGUCGAUCCAGCCGGCCCCCACUGCCAACCUGGACCGGACGGACGACACGGUGUACAGUAAUGUCAUGGAGCUGGUGAAGGCGGUGCUGCAGCUCAAGAACGAGAUCUGCCAGCUGCCCCCAGAGGGGUACAUCAUUGUGGUGAAGAACGUGGGCCUGUCCCUUCGGAAGCUGAUCAGCAGCGUGGACGAGAUCCUGCCAGCUCUGCCCAUGGCAUCGCGCACAGAGAUUGAGGGCACCCAGAAGCUGCUGAACAAGGACCUGGCUGAGCUGAUCAACAAGAUGCGCCUGGCGCAGCAGAAUGCCGUCACCUCGCUGAGCGAGGAGUGCAAGCGGCAGAUGCUGACGGCCUCCCACACCCUGGCCGUGGAUGCCAAGAACCUGCUGGACGCUGUGGACCAGGCUAAGGUCCAAGCCAACCUGGUGAAGCUCGCUCUGGAGUGAGAGAGAGAGAGAAAGACACGCUGCUGGUGGAGACGGGAGAGGAAUCUGCUCCAGAAGGCCCGGCUUUAAAUAUCUCCUCCAGCCUCGAUGUUCCGCCCCCCUCCCUGCAAUCGCUCGUGUCUUGUAUAUUGUCGUGUCAGUCUUCUGAGUACAGGGUGGAGACGCUCCUGGCUCCUCCACCUUACAGGGCAUGGUUGUGGGGAACUCACUGUCUUCCUGUGUCCCAUAGAGUGUGCUGCUGGGGAUGAUUCUGUACACACAAGACACUGGAGGGGUGGGGAGAGUGGUGGGGACAGACCAGCGAAAUCACCCAGCCACCUGCCAGUCCCAGCCCUGCCAGGGAGCUUUCAUUCAAUUCUACUUCCAUAGUACCCUCUGAGUUGACAGGAGACUGGUGAAUUUCACAGGUGCAGGUGGCUUUUCGGUUCACUCUUUCCCUUGUUACAUUUGUAGGCAUUGGGAGACUAGGGCGUUUGGACGUUGCUGGCUGAGACCCGGGUGUUAGACACCCGGCGCUCUGGAAAUGUUCCACUGAGCCAUGAAGAGACUGUUUAUUUUCUUGUACAUUGUAUAGAAGAGUUUAUUUAAUGACCGUGCGUGAUCUGUGUGCAUCUCUGGAACCUAUCCGCUCACCCCCCUCCCCGUCUGCAGCUGGAAUGCACCGAUCCCAGAGCAUGGACAGCGCCGAAUUGUAGCCUUUGUUCUGACGUUUAAAAACACAAACCAGCCCCGAGGACGGUAUUUCUGAUCUUUGCUUCUCUGUAAGAUUCUGGGGGGGAAAGAACAACAAAACAACAACAACGACAAAAAUCUUUCUAUCUGGUUUGUGGGUGAAUUCAAAAUUGUACCGUUUGGCUGUGGCCAUUAAUUCCCAUGAAGCUGUUUAUUCUGGUUGAGAUAAAUGAUGUACAAAGUU